AUGGAGUGUCUCGGUAUUCCUGUUGAUCAUCGACUGCGACGACUAAUUCGGAAAGCUCAGCCCAUCAAUACGAAUGAGGACUCUGAGCACAUUCGGAUACUCCAGAGAUUUGGAAAAUCCCUUAAAAAUGGGCAGAGCGAUUAUCUUUCUACAUAUGACCUUAGCUUCGGGCUCGAAUUGGCGCGGCCGGAAUCAAAGGCCGGUGUGGUGGUUGUCUUGUUACAACCACAUUCAACACAGGAUAAUUCAGACGGUUUCUUAGCAGGAAGACACACAUGCGCAACUAUCAAUGCAGUAUCUGACUUGAUUUCUGCUGCGACUAAUUCCAAGUUAGGCCUAGAUGACAUCAGCGGGGUUACAGGUCCAGAAUACGACGACCUUAUUGCACAGAGUGUGUUCGCCCAAAUGAUUAGAGCGAAACAGCCAAAUGUUGUCAUACCAUGCUUCAAAUCAGAGACCAGCAACGCACUUGUUCAAAACCUACGUUGUCGUCGGCUAGGAUCCAGCUUUGACGAUGAUCCGCGGGGGUCAAAGCAGCUAGCUGAAUCAGAAUUCAGUUGUUUUAAGCGGUUACUUGUCUUGGAAUUUACAAAGGCAUUUGCCCUUUGGCGAAAUGAUUGGAACGACUUGGGCUGGAUGAGUCUCUUAAGAUAUGAAUGCACUAAGCAGGCAAGGGAAAUCUCGAAAGCCGAGGUCGAGAACUGUUGUGAUCAAUUUUUGAAAAGGCGAUGGGCAACUCUCCUGGGGAAUCUUGAAACAGGUUUCGAGAAAUGUUUCUUUUCUGAGUCUGGUUUCAGCUUGGUUGAGGAUACCCGGUACCGGCUUGUUGAUUCCAACAUCACUUGGAUCUGUUGCGAUAUCGCAUUGGUCUUGGAGCAUUUUUACCCUGAUGGUUUUGACCAACAUAUGUCGGAGAAGCUACUCCAUCAUUUCAGAAGCUGGUGUUACAAAGUACGGCCUGAAACAAAUCUUCAACACAGUUCAAGUGGUUCCAAUGGCUACUAUGAUCAUUCAGAGCUCUUGCUCUUGAGAUCACAGCACCAAACAGCACGCGCAAACAAACUUGAGAACAAAUUCUACACCCUCCUGCGUGAUUUGAACCUGUCUUACAGCUCGCCACAGAUUCUAUUCAAUAUCAACGGAACUGCCCAAACACAUGCUUUUCUGAGAUUCGCUGCGGCUUUCGAAAACAUUCUGGAAGAAGCCCUAGAGGAAACUCCAAAAAAAGGGCAUGGCCUCUCGGAAGAAAUGGCUUCUAUGAGCUUAAACCAGUGA